AUGCUGAAGACCUUUACGGGAAAUGAUGAAAUUUGCACCGGUGUUGUAUUUCAAAAUUCGCAGCUUGAUGCGGUGACCACCGUGGUAGAAGAACAGGCUACUGUGAUAGAGUUGCUUCGGUCAAUUGCAAUUGGGACAGGAAGCAUCAAAGAUUCGAUGGCGGAGCUGCCCUUCAACACGGCGGUCUACUUCGCUAGCAAAAGAGAAGAAAUUUCCAGGGACCGAAAAGAUUUUGAGGUAUCCCUGCUAGUGGUUGAUGGACAAACCGGGAUGGAUAUAACUCUGAUGUAUCAAGAGAAUCAUCUUGCACCAUCUCAUGCACAGCACGUGGCAAAAACGGCUAGUCAGUUGUUGAAGGAAUUCCAGCUUGAUGCGAGCCGACAAAUCUCGCAAAUCAACCUCCUGCACCCUGAGACUGAGACGCAGUUGCAAAAUUGGGGCAGUAACCCCCUAGAAGUGGUUAAAGAUUGUGUGGGCCAUCUCUUCGAAGAGACAGUACGACAGAGGCCACUAAAUGAGGCAGUGUGCACAGCAGAGGAGGUCUUCACAUACCAGGAGCUGAAUCGCCUCAGUGGCAGACUAGCCAUUCACCUGCAGAGUUUGGGAGUUGGGCCGGAAGCUGUAGUAAUUUUGUGUUUCCCCAAAUCUGCCUGGGCUGUGGUGGCCAUGAUGGCUGUCAUUCGUGCAGGUGGUGCCAUCUUGUUUCUGGAUCCAUCACAUCCCACUGCCCGACACCGUGAAAUUGCAGAUCAAGUUGCAACGCAAUGGAUGCUCACUGCACCAGAAAACGCUGCCCAGAUGCAAUGGCUUGGAGGCGUGGUAUUGCCUAUCGACCGUGUCUUUCUGGAUUCUCUGGGGCCAAUUCCCCAGGAAACGGCUCUAAUAUCUACCGCGAUCCCAUCAAACACAUUGUACAUCAUCUUCACCUCGGGUAGCACUGGAAAACCCAAAGGAUGUGUAAUAGAACACCAGCAGUUCUUGACUGGGUCUCGUGCACAGCAGAAAGCGUCUGGGAUGGAUCACAAUGAUCGAGUGUUGCAGCUAGCAUCGUUCACCUUUGACGUGAGUAUCCUCGAGAUUCUCACUUCGCUCAUAUCGGGGGCCUGUGUCUGUAUCCCAGACGACGGACAGCGGUCAAAGGGCCCAGCACCCUGUAUUCAGCAAUUUGACAUUACGUGGGCAUUCCUCACACCAUCGCUGGUAAAAUCCAUGCAUCCUGAGCAGGUCCCGACGCUUAAGUUUCUGGUGCUGGGAGGUGAAGCUGUCCUGGAGGAAAAUAUUCAUGUCUGGGCACCGCACGUGCGAUUGGCUAACGGAUAUGGACCAACCGAAUGCUCCAUCGCUGCAACAGCUCAUGUUCCGUUGUCCAUCCACGCCAAUCCUAUGAACAUUGGAUAUCCUCUGGGCGGCUGCUGUUGGAUUGUAAAGCCGGAUGACCACGAUAGUCUGGUUCCAAUUGGAGCUCCAGGAGAGCUGCUGAUCCAAGGUCCUAUCGUCGCACGGGGAUACUUCAAUGAACCCGAAAAGACUCAAGCCGUCUUCUUGGAUUCGACGAAGUGGGCUCGAGCCAAUCCUACAUCCCCCUCACGCGUCUACAAGACUGGUGACUUGGCUCGUUUUAAUGCAAACGGCACAAUCCACUUCAUUGGCCGGAAAGAUAGGCAGGUAAAGCUUCGGGGCCUACGAGUUGAACUGGGUGAGAUAGAACACCGCAUCGCAGCUCACCCACUUGUUAGCCAGGUUUCUGUUGUGCUCGUAAAAGAUGGACCUUGUCAGGCAAAAUUGACCGCCAUCAUCUCAUUGAUUGAUCUCCAAAAUACAUCUAAAAAUCUCGAGCUGCUCACCGGAGACCAAUACAGCUCUACCGCAGCACAUCUGAUAGCCAUCGCGAAGUCAGUCUCAGCGCAGCUGCCCAGCUACAUGUUGCCAACUGUCUGGGCGCCCGUUUGGUCGAUCCCGUUGACAGUCUCCGGAAAGCAAAAUGGUGUGGCAGUUCGCCAAUGGGUGCAGGAAAUGUCCCUCGAGACAUACAAUUACCUGAUCGGAAAGGGUGGUGAUCUUCAGCGGGUCAUUCCAUCAAAUGACCGCGAGCGCGAAGUUGAAGCGCUUUGUUGUGAAAUUCUGGGCUCUGUUCAGCACGAUGAUGUGUGGUUGAACAAGUCAUUUAUCCAAAACGGGGGUGACUCCAUCAAGGCAAUGCAACUCCUCGACAGAUUGCGUCGCCAGGGAGUUGCUGUUUCGUUCGAGGAUGUGAUGCAAAGCGCAAGCCUGAUUGAACUAGUCCAGCGCAUUGAGAGCCAAGUUUCAGUUGAUCCUUCUCUCAAUCAGGUGUCCCGUGUAUAUUCACCUUAUAUGGAUCAGCAGAGACUUUCACGGGUUGGCGUCGACAUAAAAUCGGUGGAAGAUGUGUAUCCGCUAUCUCCUGUUCAGCAAGGAAUUCUUCUGAGCCAGCAGCAAAACCCAGAGAGCUAUCAGCUGCGUAUCACUUGCGAGGUGUUGUCAUCGCUAGGAGAUGAGAUAGAUCAGCAUCGUUUGCUAGAGGCUUGGCAACAGGUUACUGCCCGGCAUCCUGCGCUACGGACUAUCAUGAUUGAGACUGAAACCGAAGACGGCCUGUUCGACCAGAUGGUCCUGGUUGAGAGCAAGGCGAGAAAAAAAUUUAUCAGGACAGAUAAUGCACUGCAACCGCCAGUGGUGUUCAUUGUCUCCACCACAGAGGAUGGCAAGCGCUUCGUCACGAUCGACAUCAGUCACGCCCUGGUCGAUGGAGUUUCCAUCUUGAUCUUGUUCCGAGACCUUUGUCUUGCCUAUGAUGGAAAACUGACGACCGGUCGUACGAUUAAGUACUCUUCGUAUAUCAACUAUAUUCGACAGCUGUCAUUGCAGUCCUCACUGGAAUACUGGACCAAACACUUGGAGGAUGCAAUACCCUGCCACUUUCCCACUCUAAACGACGACCUCCCAGGUGAGAGUCAGCCAGGCGAGCUGAAAAUGGAUAUCCAGGGCAUAGACGCGCUGUCUGAACUUUGCGCGGCGAAAAACUUCACGCCAGCCACUGUCUUCCAAGCCGCAUGGGCCCUGCUACUUCAGACCUAUACGGGGCAGGAUGAUGUCUGCUUUGGCUAUCUCACUGCAGGGCGCGAGAUGCCCGUGGCUGAGAUCAGCGAUGCAGUUGGUGUGUUUAUCAACAUGAUGGUCUAUCAUACGAAGCUCUCUCCCGAGAGCACGGUGGCUUCUCUUGCGAAGGAAAUCCAGCAGAGCUUUAUGGGGGGCCUUCCCCAUCAACACUGUUCUGUAGCCGAAAUCCAGCAUGCCUUAGGGCUCUCGAAGCCAUUAUUCAACACUAUAAUGUCCUUACAGAGUGCCUUAGGAGAGGAUUUAUUUGGAGGAGAACCUGACGGGAAGCUAGGCUUCAAGGUGGUAGAUGAAUUGGACCCAACAGAGUAUGAUGUCUCGAUAAAUAUUUUUGUCUCCAAGGAACGAGUUUCUUCGACCCUUCGAUAUUACCGGGCGACCUUGAGCGAUGCCAUGGCUGAAAAUGUCCUCGCAACAUUUUGCCGGGCGAUUGAUAUCAUUGUCCAUGAACACGAAUCCGUGUUAAGUGGCUUGGACAUGAUGAGCGACAGUGAUAAAUCUCAAAUUGCACGCUGGAAUCACCACCAAUGGGCCGAUUUCCACGUAUGUGUUCAUGAUUUGAUUUCCGAACAAGCGCUCGCGCGACCACAGGUAGUCGCCAUUGACGCCUGGGAUGGCAGAUUUACUUAUGAAGAGCUUGAUUCUAUCACUAGUGAUCUUUCUCGACUGCUGGUGCUAAAUGGUGUCAAGCCAGAGUCUCUGGUCCCCAUUGGAUUUUCUAAAUCCCGCUGGACUGUUGUUGCUCAGUUGGCCACGUUGAAGGCGGGAGGUGCGUGUGUUGCCUUUGAUCCGGAGCACCCCAGAAACCGACGGGAGCAAAUGGUUCAACAAUGCGAUGCUACUACCGCCAUUGUCGCAGAAGGCAGUGAGUUUCUAUUCGAAGGGCUGGUACCACAUGUGAUCAUCCUCGGGGCGAAGACCAUCCGCACCUUACUCCAGGGCCAGAAAGAGUUGACCCUUCCGUCGGCUGCGCCUGCGGUUUCGCCCUGGAAUCCUGCUUUUGUUGUCUUCACGUCUGGCAGUACGGGUAAACCAAAGGGAAUUGUCUUAGAACACCAUGCAAUUUGUAGCAGUGCAAAGGCACACGGUCCCGCCAUGAACUAUGGCCCAGAUGCGCGGGUACUACAGUUCGCCUCGUACACAUUUGAUGUCAGUAUCGGUGAGACCUUCACUUGUCUGAUGAGCGGUGGCACGCUUUGCAUUCCCAGCGAGUAUGAACGGAUGAACGAUUUGGCCGGAGUCAUCAACAGAAUGAACGCCAAAGUUGUAUACCUCACGCCUUCGGUAGUGAGUCUGCUACAUCCCUCCGAAGUCCCCGGGGUCCAUACCCUGGCCCUGGGAGGUGAAGCGUUGCGAGAAAACAAUAUCACAACUUGGGCCGAGCACACCAAUCUAGUGAAUAUCUACGGCCCAGCCGAAUGUUCCGUGUGGUCGACAGGCCUGCAAAAGGUCCCAAAAUCUGCAUCUCCUCGUAAUAUUGGCUAUGGUCUCGGUGCAAGAAUUUGGAUCACCAGUGUGGAAGAUCCAAACACUCUGUGUUCAAUUGGUGCUGUAGGUGAGCUUUUAAUCGAAGGACCAGUUGUUGCCCGUGGAUACUUGAAAGACGACGAGAAAACCCGCGAUGUGUUCAUUCCACCCCCUGCAUGGUGGUCAAACUAUCAAAGCUCAGAUUGUGACCAUGAAUUUAAGAUUUAUCGAACUGGUGAUCUUGCGAGGUACAACUCCGACGGUACUAUCCAUUUCAUUGGUCGUCGGGACCAUCAGGUCAAGCUACACGGGCAGCGUGUCGAAAUGGGCGAGAUCGACCGGACGUUGUUGAUGCACGAGAAGGUUCAUAAUGCCCUAGCCAUAAUUCCAACCAAUGGUCGACUGGCUGGUAAGCUGGUGGUGGUGUUGAGCUUGAAUGGCGAGGUUCAUGCUCUCCGCAAGGCUGUAAUCGAGUUGCGAGGGGAUUCCAAUUUUGAUAUAGCACCUGUGAGAGACUGGCUUGUCACUAGGCUGCCUGCCUACAUGAUACCUUCCACUUGGCUUGUUCUUCAUUCCAUCCCAGUCACCAAAAAUGGAAAGUCUGAUCGUCCAGCCGUGGUUGCCUGGGUCGAGGGCUUGGUGGAGAUCGAUGACAACUCGACACCAAUUUACAGCCCAGAUGGCCUUGGUAUUGGUCCGAUUAACCAGAUGGAAACGGAUAUCAGGGAGGUGGUCAGCUUGGUGCUGAAUGUUCCGCUGUUGGAAGUUUCUAUGAACCGCAGCUUCAUGGCCUUGGGAGGAGAUUCAAUUACUGCAAUGCAGACCUCCUCCCGAUCCCGAGCCCGUGGCAUACGGUGUGCAGUCAAGAGUAUUUUGAAGAGCAAAUCAAUCCGUCAGAUUGCCUCCGAAGCAACGAUUAUCUCCAAUUCGAUGGAAUCAACGAAGAGUGACAGUCAAGCUUUCCGUCUCCUGCCAAGUUUGCGUCCAUCUGACCUCGAUGAAUGGGUCAAACGAUUGGGAUACGCAGGUCUUUCCAACGUUGAAGAUGCCUAUCCCUGCUGUCCAAUGCAGGAAGGUAUUCUGAUCAGUCAAGCACAGACUCCCGAGACUUACAAGUUCUCGGCUAUCUGUGUUAUCCGGGGAGUGGACAAGACGAAGCCAUUAGAGGUGAGCCGGCUCCACAGGGCAUGGAAACGUGUCGUCGCGAGCCAUCCUGUCUUGCGCACCUUUUUCCUUGAGGGUCUACCAGGAGAUGCAAUGUACAGUCAAAUUGUACUCAAGGAAUAUACUCCCAGAAUUGAGAUCGCAAACAGCCUAAAUAGUCUGUUCAGUUAUCAUCAAGAAUACCCCGUUGAUUACAAUGAGUCCGUGCCUCCGCACCGGAUGACUGUCUUCGAGAAGAAAGACGCGCUAUACUUCAAUCUGGAGAUAAGCCACACUUUGAUUGACGGUGCAUCAAUGCCCCUUCUGCUGGGCGAUAUCAGAGCAGCGUAUGACAGCGAGAUCCCCCCUGGGCCUCUCUUUUGUGACUAUAUCGAUUUCUGGCAGCAACAGUCUCGGGAGACCACGACUGCAUUUUGGACUAAAUACCUGGAUCAUGUGCAGCCAUCCAUGUUCCCAUUUCUACUAGAUAGCCAUGUCACAGAAAAGGCGCUCCGUGUGGUCAACAUGCCAGUUACUGAGCACAUGCUAUCCAAACUGAACAAAUUCUGCAAGGACAAUGAGUUGACAAUUGCAAAUGUCUUCCAAACAGCCUGGGCCCUGGUUCUGCGAGCUUACACCAGAAGUGUAGACGUGGUAUUUGGAUAUCUAUCAUCAGGGCGCGAUGCUGACGGCCUCGAAUUGGAUCACGCUGUUGGUCCAUUUAUCAACAUGCUGCCCUGUCGGAUCGAAGUCCAGGAUUCCUCUACAUUGAUUGAAACUGUGAGAAAAAUCAGUACCGAUUUUUUAAACUCUCUGCCACAUCAACACAUAUCGUUAGCAGAAGUCCAACACCGUUUGCGACUCUCUGGAGAGCGUCUAUUCAACACAACCCUCUCACUGCAACGCUCGAUGGUAGAAUCCGAUGAAAGAAGCAGCAGCAUCGUUGUCGAGUAUCUGGGUGGUUUGGAUCCAACUGAGUACGACUUGGGAGUGAGCAUCACUGUUGGAGAUGGUACCAUCAAUGUUGAUAUCAAUUACUGGACGAGUUUCAUGUCGGAUGAGAAGGCUACCAUGUUGGCUUCAACUUUCAACACUAUUCUUGCUAAUCUGCUAGCCUCACCAAGCAAGAAAAUCCGAGACUUUGACUUGAUCGGCGACAAACAACACCAAUACUUGAUGGCUCUCAAUGAAAAUGGGAAAGUUCCAGAGGCCAUCACAGGAUGCAUCCAUGAUGAGGUCCACCAACAAGCUCUUACCCAUCCAUCUGCACCAGCCGUUGAGUCUUGGGACGCAUCACUCACGUACUUGCAGUUGGAUCAAUUUUCUGACAAGUUAGCGACCAAGCUUGCCGCUAUUGGGGUUGGACCUGAACAUGUGGUGGCCCUUUGCUUUGACAAAUCAGCCUGGGCGGUCGUGGCGAUGUUGGCAGUUCUCAAGGCCGGUGGUGCGUAUACGUCCAUGGGCCCAUCUCAUCCUAGAUCUCAUCUGGCACAAGUUAUCCUGGCUACAAAUAGCCUUGUCGUCCUAGCAGGAUCAAAGUCGUACGGAAGCUUGGUAGGUGACCUAGUGGAUCAUGUCAUUGUGGUUGAGCCUUCUCUAUUCCCAUUGCUUCCUGAGCACAAUGCGGAAAUCAUCCAAAAGUCCUCUCCGGAUAAUGCUGCGAUGAUCAACUUCACCUCAGGUAGCUCGGGAAAACCAAAAGGUAUUGUGGUUUGCCACAGCAGUGUACGGUCUAUGAUAGCCCACAACGCGGACAUGGGCAUUGAUCGAUCUACUCGUGUCCUACAAUUCUCUGCUUACACGUUUGAUACCAGCAAUGGCGAGAUUUUCUUUACCCUUUGCGUCGGAGGUUGUGUUUGCAUCCCAUCGGAAGACGACCGGCUUACUGAUUUGGCUGGGGCCGUGACACGAUUGGGGGUAAGCUAUGCAUUCCUGACUCCCUCUCUGGUCAUCUCCCUUUCACCAGAGACGCUUCCCACAUUGAAGACACUAGUUCUUAUCGGUGAAACCGUUCCCACCGAUCUUCCGCGCAAAUGGCAAGGCCACGUUCACUUACUCAACAGUUAUGGCCCAGCUGAAUGCACAGUGAUGUCCUCCUUCGCUGUAUUGGAGGAUGGAGCGCCAGUGACCAGUAUUGGACGAGGCCACGGAUGCCUUUUGUGGGUUGCAGAUCCGGAUGACAGCCAGAGACUGGUUCCUGUCGGCUGUGCUGGGGAGCUGCUUAUCGAGGGACCCAUUGUCACACGCGGCUACCUGGAUCCGAAGUUGACCUCGAAAUCGUUCAUCCCCACUCCAGCAUGGCGCGGAGAAACGCUUAGUGGAUCUCGAAUGUACAGAACGGGAGACCUUGUUAGAAUUCUUACCGACGGAAAUAUGCUGUUCCUAGGCAGAGCUGAUGGCCAGAUCAAACUGAACGGACAGCGUAUCUCCACAUGGGCCAUCGAGGAGGAUAUCGGUCGUCACUCUUUGGUUCACCAGACUGCUCUUGUCGUUCCUAGCCAGGGACAAUGCAAGAAGAAGCUUGUUGCACUGGUGGCAUUUGAGAAUGAUGUACCCAUUCAGGAUGUUUUCACGGACGAGGUGGUACCUUUUAGUGACGAUGCCAACAAGGAGCAAGUUAUUGACGAAAUCAUUUCCAUUCGAGAUCAUCUCGCAGAAGCUCUGCCAAGUUACAUGAUGCCAUCCGUCUGGCUGCUGUGCUCCAGUCUUCCUUUGACUGCAUCACGAAAGCUUGACAGGCUUAAGGUCAAGGGCUGGGUGGAGGGUAUGGAUCAGCAAACAUAUUUCAAUGCACUCGCGGAGAAGAAGAAACAGGCUAAUCUGAUUGAUACCGGUACUCCCAAAUCCGAUGCGGUGGAGCGUUUGCAGGAGAUUGUCGGUCGUGUUCUGAAUCUGCCGCUGAGCCAAGUGUCUAUUCAGCGAUCCUUCUUUAAUCUUGGCGGUGACUCGAUUACUGCCAUGCAACUGGUGGUGACGUGUCGAAAUGAGGGACUGAAGCUGCUCUUCAAGGAUGUAAUGCGCAGUGUUAGUAUCAGGGCCCUGGCUGACUUUGUGCAGGUGGUUGAUCACAUUAAAGUGCACCACCACAGAGACCAGUUAGAUACGCCGUUUGACCUGACCCCCAUCCAGCAAUUUUAUUUCCAAAACAUAUCCCAAGGAAGUCAUGAAGAAGCUGUGAAUCAAUUCAAUCAGAGUUUUCUCUUCCGAUUGACCUCAAACGUGCCUGCGGAGCAAUUGAAGGAUGCAAUUGACAAGGUUGUCCAGCGUCACUCGAUGUUGCGAGCACGAUUCCGACAGUCAUACAAUUCACAAUGGAAGCAAACUUUGAUUGGACACAGCGAUCUAGCAUAUCGAUUCAGGCAACACACGGUGAAUAGCGAACAAAAGGCGCUCGAUUUGGCACUGCAUUCGCAGGAACAACUCGAUAUCCAGAAUGGUCCUGUCUUCGGCGCGGAGUACUUUUCAAUUCCGGGCCAGAGUCCGCUAUUCUUCCUAGUGGCUCACCAUUUGGUCAUUGAUUUAGUUUCAUGGCGCAUCAUCUUUCAAGAACUCCAAGAUUCAAUUGUUGGAGAGGUCGCUCAAGCACCCACUCCUCCAUUCUCCUUCCAGCAGUGGCAGCAACUGCAGGCCGAAUAUGCCGCUGAACAUCUUCUGCCAAAUCAAGCUCUGCCUUACAUGAUUCCCAGACCCGACUAUAUUUACUGGGGCAUGGAAGAUGUUCCCAACUUUGCCGGCGACACCAUCCAAAUCUCUGCCAUAUUAGGACCGCGGGAGAGUGAAAUUCUGCUGACUGGUUGUCACCAAACAAUGAGAACAGAGCCCCUUGACAUUCUCAUUGCUUCUCUAUUUGCCUCAUUUGUGAGAACCUUCCAACGAGCUCCACCUGCCAUCUUCAAUGAAGGCCAUGGCCGCCAGCCGUGGAAUAGUGAAAUCGACCUCUCCGAUUCAGUGGGCUGGUUCACUACCAUCUUUCCUUUAUUCUUAUCCGGAUUAGAGCCAACUACACCAAAUGGGGAGAUUGUUCGUGGUGUCAAGGAUCAGCGGCGCACGCUUCCUGCCAAUGGAUGGGCCUAUUUUACCUCAAAAUAUUUGAAUGAGGACGGUGUGAAGGCUUUCGCCGACCACAUGCCUGUGGAAGUCGUGUUCAAUUAUCUCGGAUUAUACCAGGGAUUAGAACGGGCAGAAGGCAUUUUCCAGCUGGUGCCAUUCAACAAGGGCGAUGUUGGAUCAGCGGUGCAACGUUACGCGCUGUUCGAGAUCAAUGUCUACGUGAUCAAUGGGUCUAUCCAUAUCUCUUUCACAUUUAAUCGUCACAUGAAGCACGUGGACCGUAUACACAAGUGGCUUGAGAACUACGCGGCCUCUUUGCGGGAUCUUUCACAAGAUCUCGCUGCGAGUAACUUAACUCUCACUAAGAGUGACUAUCCCCUCCUCGACAUUUCAUAUCCUGAAUUGGAUAAGUUGCAGAACUCAAGAAUACCUCAGCUGGAGUUCACUUUGGACGAUAUCGAGGACAUUUAUCCAUGCUCGCCACUACAAACCGGCAUCUUGCUCAGUCAGCUUCGUCUUGAGGACACCUAUCUCUACCACGCCAUCAUGCGAAUGGACUCUUGCGCCGGCCUUCCUCUCAAUGCAAGACAACUGGCUGUGGCAUGGCAGCAAGUUGUUGAUCGUCACACAAUCUUGCGUACUAUUUUCCUCGAAGGGAUCACACGGCAGCCGUUUGACCAAAUGGUUCUCCACCGCCACCGUCCCGAAUCUCCAAUCCUCACUGCGGAGUCCAACAUCCAAGCGCUUGAACUUCUCAAAGGCUAUAAACCUCUGGUACCAUUAGUCAAUAAACCACCCCAUCGCUUCAUUGUGGUGCAAUGUGCAGAAGGCCCGGUCUACUUCCGGCUUGACAUGAGCCAUGCUCUUCUGGAUGGAACUUCAAUGUCGGUACUAAUUAGUGAUCUCACAUUUGCCUACGGCAACCAGCUCUCCGCCCCAACGGCUAUCCCCUACAGUGAUUAUAUUGCAUACAUCCAAUCACAGCCUCCAGUGGAUGGCCUCAAGUUCUGGACAGACCAUCUGGCAGAUGUCAAGCCAUGCCAUUUCCCUUCUUUGCUAGUUUCAAGCGAAGUGGAACCGCAGAUGAAAGCGAUCAAUGUCAUAAUUCCUGAUCAUUUGGAGGUGCGUGCUUUCUGUCAAGAGAACAACGUCACGCUGGCCAAUGUGAUCCGGUUGGCAUGGUCCCUGGUCCUUGCUGCAUAUACAGGAGAAGAGCAUGUCUGCUUCGGUUACCUCACUGCGGGCAGAGAGAUUCCUUUGCCAGGCGUGGAAAGUGCCGUCGGUCCUUUCAUCAAUAUGCUGGUUUGUGCUAUAAAUCCUGGGCAAAUCAGCCAAAAGUCAGUUGUUGUGGAGUUGCAAGACCUACACGAUGAAUACGUCAAGAUGCUCCCGUAUCAACAUGUCGGCUUGGCCGAAAUUCAGCAUGCACUAGGCGUGACUGGCCAGGCAUUGUUUAACACAGUUGUCAGCUUCCAACGCCGUGAUGUUGGAAUGCUGGUGUUGGAUGAUCUGCAAAUGACAUAUCUCGAUGGCCUUGAUCCGACAGAGUACGAUAUCAGUGUCAAUGUUGCUGAUACCGACCACGGUUUUACGGUUGAUCUGGGCUAUCUGACUUCUCGACUUUCCCCGGAAUAUGCAAUCCCUGUUGCAGGAGCUCUCUCCGCUGCUCUUUCAUCAAUUGUGUCUGGGCCUUCAUCUACGAUAGACUCGAUUGAUAUUUUCGGCGUCACGGACCACAAGCAGGUCUCUGAUUGGAAUUCCUCUAGGCCUCCGAUUGUGGAUGACUCUCUGCAUUCACUAUUUCAGCGAAAUGCAAUGUUAUAUCCAGAAGCACCAGCCAUUGCCUCCUGGGAUGAUCACAUGACCUAUGCGGAGCUGGACAAGAAGUCAUCCCAGCUCGCCUAUCUCCUCCUCAAAAUGGGCGUAGGGUCGGAGGACCUCAUUCCAAUUUGCUUUGAUAAGUCAACUUGGGCAAUAGUUUCCAUGCUUGGUGCUCUUAAAGCGGGGGCAGGCUUUGUGCCUUUGGACCCCUCCAGUCCAGCAAGUAGACUACAGCUGAUCAUACAGCAGACAGCUUCGACGUUGGUGUUAGCAUCUGAGAAUAAGCUGGCUUUGGUCGUCGAUUUAGUGCCAGAGGUGCUGGUAGUUUCCGCACGUGCCAGCAUCUGGGAUGAGGAAAAUUCCGACGUAUUGAAUGACCGGGUUUCGCCCCUGAGUGUCGCAUAUGUUCUAUUCACCUCGGGCAGCACUGGCACUCCAAAAGGUGUUGUGAUGCAGCACGCGGCAGUCAGUACCAGCGUGAUCCACCAUGGAAAAGAAAUUGGAUGCAACUCUGCCACGCGAAUGUUCCAGUUUGCAGCAUUUACCUUCGAUGCAUGCAUUCUGGAGAUAUUCACGACCCUGGCCUACGGUGGGUGUAUCUGUAUCCCAUCUGAUGCCGAAAGAAUGAGUGAUAUCGCAGGCGCCAUGGCUAGAUUGAACGCCAAUACCUCUUUCCUCACUCCUUCCGUUGUGCGUCUUCUUCGACCAGAGCAAGUUCCCACUUUGCAGACACUUAUUCUUGGAGGAGAGGCACUGCACGAAGACAACAUCCAAAUCUGGGCAGAGAGCCUGCGUCUCAUGAAUGGCUAUGGGCCAACUGAAACCUGCGUCUUCUGUGUCAUGAAGACCUUCAAGGACAAGAAUGACAGGUGCGAUAUCCUAGGUCGUGCUGUUGGCUCUGUUGCCUGGAUCACUCGCCCAAACAACCAUGAGCAGUUGGCUCCUGUUGGAGCCGUUGGCGAGCUCUUGGUGCACGGCGGCACAUUGGCUCGAGGCUACCUCCAUGAGAAAACAAAAACCGAUCAAGUCUUCAUUGCAAAUCCGGCUUUCUAUUCGACGACGGAUAAUUCCAUUCAAAGGUUUUACAAGACCGGGGACUUGGUUCGCUAUAACAUCGAUGGUACCAUCACAUACUUGGGCCGCAGAGACACACAAAUCAAGCUCCGCGGUCAACGAAUUGAGCUCUCCGAGAUCGAACAUCAGAUCAAUCGUCACUCGGCAUCGAGAGCCCAAAUCGCGGUCGAGGUUGUUGUCCCUCGCGGAGACAAAGCUCAAGCCCUCCUAGCUGUUUUCGCCUUCAAGCCAGUUAGGCUGGCAGGCAGUGAGCUCCUUGGAGAAGUCACUGCGGAGACAAGAGCCUGGGCAUUGGAUCUCAAGGCUCAGCUCGCUCGGGUACUUCCGCCAUACAUGCAACCAUCUCUUUAUGUUCCCACCAAUUGGAUGCCAACAACGUCUGCACAGAAGUUAGACCGGAAGUCCCUUCGCAAUGCGGUGGCCAAGCUAACUGACGGUCAAUUAAAGGGUUACUCCCUUCGUGAAGACGGUCGCCGGGCGCCUGACACUGUAUCUGAGAAGAAGGUGCAGAAACUCUGGCAUCGUGUCCUCAAGAUUUCAAUGGAUGAAAUCCGAUCAGAGGACAACUUCUUCCAGAUGGGCGGAGAUUCAAUUGCAGCAAUGAAAAUAGCCGCUACUACGGAUGAGGACUUCCCCAUCACCGUCAUGGAUAUCUUCCAGUAUCCAGUUCUGUCCGAGUUGGCUGCCGUCAUGGCGGCCAAAGGGUUCUCCAACGGCCACAACCGUCUGUCUUUGAAACAAUUUGUACUACUGGAUACCGUUGCUGAGAUUUUUGAAAUCGUGGAUGAAAUUAGCCAGCAAUAUCUCAUCCAAUCCGAGUCCAUCGAAGACAUCUACCCAUCUAGUCCUCUUCAAGAGGGUAUGAUGGCGCUUUCCAUGCUCAACCCCAAAUCGUACAUACUGCGACGAGUUUUCCGCCUUCGUCCUACUCUGGAUGUUGCUCGAUUCAAGUGUGCCUGGGAGCUAGCUGCCGAGAAGAACCCGAUACUGCGCACGCGCUUCGUACCAACCCCAAAUGCCGGAUUUGUGCAGGUUGUGGUGAAAGGCAGUAUUGACUGGACGAGAGCAGCAGACCUGGAGCAGUACCUAGAACGGGACACAACCGAAGGAAUGGUAUACGGGGCUCCGCCAGUGCGCUAUGGUCUCACAGAAGACGGCUUUUUCAUCUGGACCGCACAUCACGCUGUGUACGAUGGCUGGUCAUUGCCGUUAAUUCUCAGUCAAGUCCAGUGCGCUUACGAGCACGGUCACUGCCCUGACUCCACGCCAUUCAAUACCUUCAUCAAGCAUCUGCAAGACACAGAUCCUCAAUCCAGUCAAUCUUUCUGGGCAGAGCAACUGUCCGGCCCCCAUCUCUCGACAUUUCCUGAGCUGCCCUCCUUGUCAUACCAACCUUCUGUUCGAAGCAAGCUGCGGCACGAAAUCCUUGUGCCGCACCUUGAAGACUCCACCAUCCUCACAACCACAAUCUUGCGAGCUGCAUGGGGCCUACUUCUUUCGCGAUAUGCAGAUAACGAUGAUAUUAUAUUCGGCAUGACUCUCUCUGGUCGCAAUGGUCCAGUUUCUGGCAUUGAUACCAUGAUCGGUCCCACCAUCACGACGGUGCCGGUGCGGAUGAAAUUCGCUCCUGGGCUCACUGUCAGUGACUUCCUUACCCAGGUUCAGCAACAGUAUACGGAGAUGAUCCCUCAUGAGCAUUUCGGCUUGCAAAACAUUGCUGGCAUCAGCUCGGAUUGCGCCAGGGGAAUCAAAUUCCAGAAUUUAUUCGUCAUACAACCAAUAUCUGACGCCACUGAGGCUGAGGAUUUCUUCCCUGGUGUAGAAGAGGUUGAGCUACCCCUAGAAGACUUUGACAGUUAUCCCCUGGUAGUUGAAUGCUUCGUCGCCCAUGACAAAAUCAUCAUUGAGGCCCGACAUGAUGAGAACAUUCUCUCCACCUGGCAGGUGCAGACUAUGAUGCACCAUUUCGAUCACAUCCUUAAACAAGUCACGCAAGCUCACACCCAGGAAGCGCAAGUAGCCUCUGUGGACCUCUUCGGCGCGCAUGAUCUCCAGCAGAUCAUCAGGUGGAAUAGGCAGUAUCCCGAAGCUGUCGAUUUGACAGUACCAGUGGUCUUUGCCGAGCAGGUCUCGCAACAGCCAGAGGCCUUGGCUGUUGAUGCUUGGGAUGGGCGUCUGACAUACAGUGAACUUGACCACCUUUCAACGGCCCUUGCUCGCUAUCUCGUCUCCGUAGGAGUCGUCUCAGAGGCUCUCGUACCUCUGUGCUUUGACAAGUCGCGAUGGGCUGUGGUUGCUCAGAUGGCUGUCAUGAAAGCCGGCGGUGCUUGUGUCAAUCUCGAUCCUGCGCACCCCCAAUAUCGUCAUGAAACCAUUGUUGAAGAUGCUCAGGCCACCGUCCUUCUAACGAACCCUCGUCAUGCCGAUGUCAUCCGAACUUCCGCGGUGUUGCAGACGGUGGUUGUGACAGAAGGCUUCAUUUCAAGUCUAAAAGAUUUGACCCACGAGCUGCCGAUUGUCAGUCCCCGAAAUAUUGCCUAUGUGCUUUUCACUUCCGGAAGCACUGGCAAACCCAAGGGCAUCGUCAUUGAGCAUGGCUCGCUCUGCUCAAGUUCCAAAGCCCAUGGAACACGCUGGGGGAUUGGCCCCGGGACUCGACUCCUGCAAUUCGCUGCGUAUACAUUUGAUGUCAGCUGUGCGGAUAUCUUUACCACGUUGCAAAGGGGUGGUUGUAUUUGUAUACCAUCGGAGGAGCAGCGUCUAAAUGAUCUAUCGGGGGCAAUCAACACCUUCCAGUGCAACUGGGCCUUCUUGACUCCCACCAUCGCUGCUCUACUCCCGGCAGAUAAUCUCCCGUCACUGAGAACUCUGGUUCUCGGCGGUGAAGCUUCCACGCGUGACACAAUUGCCAAGUGGCACAGUGUCCUCGAUCUCAUUGUUUGCUACGGUCCCGCAGAAUGCUCGGUAUACUGCUCUGGUGCUCCUCCAGCAAUCGCAGCCAGUGACCCGGCAGACCUGGGUGCAGCCAUUGGCUCUCUCUAUUGGAUCGCCCACCCGCAGGACUCCAACCGCCUUACGCCCCUGGGCUGUGUUGGAGAACUGCUUCUGCAAGGUCCAACGGUGGCUCGAGGCUAUCUUCAUGAUACCGAAAAGACAGCUCAGGCAUUCAUCUCGAACCCCGUGUGGGCACCCCUUCCGGAUUCUCGAUUCUAUCGCACUGGUGACCUGGUUCGCUACAAUGAAGAUGGCACGAUCCGGUUCGUAGGUCGCAAAGACACCCAAGUCAAGGUCCGUGGCCAGCGCGUGGAACUUGGUGAAAUCGAGCAUGCUAUUCGUCUUGCAAUGCCCACUCUCGCCCACGCGACCGUAGAUGCGGUGCAAGAUCCUAAUCGUCCCCGGCAGAUUCUGGUGGCUUUCUUGCAUUAUAGCAAUCAGAGUGGCCCUGUCGAGGUCAAGAACAUAUCCGACGAACUACAAGAAGAGCUCGUCACCCUUCAACAGACCCUUGGUCAACAUCUUCCAUCAUACAUGGUCCCAUCCAUGUUCAUCCCCCUAUCUCGUGUGCCUUUGACCAUGAAUUCCAAAGCUGAUCGUCGACAAUUACGCGAACUGGUGAUUUCCCUGUCUCAAAAGGAUAUUUUGGCAUUUUCCCUGGCCAACAGCAUGAAGCAGGAGCCGAGCACGCUGAUGGAAAUGCAGCUUCGCGCACUAUGGGCAAAGGUCUUACAGGUUGAAGAACACUCCCUGGGCAAGAAUGAUCAUUUCCUUCGAUGCGGUGGAGAUUCCAUUAUCGCGAUGAAGCUCACAAGUCACGCAAGAUCUGCGGGCUUCAGCUUGACCGUCCAGGAUAUCUUCCAAACUCCAGUUCUCGGGGAGAUGGCGGCCCUCAUGUCCCGAAACACACUGCAAGUUAUUUCGCCGCGGUCGGCGGUACCGUACACUCCUUUCUCUCUCCUCGGGGAUGUCUCCCUCUCAGAUUUGCUUCCCGGCAUGGUGGUCUCAACACACCCGGAGAAUAUCAUAGACGUUCUCCCUGCGUCGGAUUUCCAGUUAUCUGCAAUUUCCCACUCCAUGAUGAAGACUCAUGGCUUGGUGAAUUACCUCUUCCUUGACGGUGAAGGCGAGGUCCCAUGGGACCGAGCAUUCAUUCAAGAAGCAUGGGGCCUCUUCCUCCAAGCCCACCAAAUCCUCCGCACUGUAUUUGCCGCCCACAGAGACCGCUUCUACCAGGUGGUGCUCCAGGAAGUCGUGCAGCCUAUUGAGUGGUAUGAGGUGAAAGGAGAGAUAGAACCGUUCUCUCUCAAUUUGUGCAAAGAAGAUGUCGACAAGCACCUGCCGUUGGGCACUCCAUUGACCCAGUUGACUGUUGUCAGUAACCAAAAACGUCAUCGAAUCAUUCUCCGGGUCUCUCAUGCCCAAUACGAUGGUGUCUGUCUGCCGCGGAUCUGGCAGAGUUUCCAAGACGUCCUCUCCGGUCGCACGCCUGCCCCGGAGGUUCCAUUCUGCCAGUUCAUUGCCAACAUCCAACUUGGUAGCCAGGACUCCCAAACAUACUGGCGGGAAUUCUUAUCGGACUCCACUGUGACCACUAUUGUUAAGCAAUCUAAACCGCAAUAUCGGAAUGUGUACGACCUUCACCUGACCCGGACAAUCCCCAUUACCUCCCAGUCCGGCUCGGGAAUCACCUUCGCAACCGUUUUGAAGACUGCCUGGGCGUUGGUCCUCUCAUCAGUGUCGGGCAGUGCCGACGUCGUCUUUGGCCAUGUCAUUUCAGGUCGGAACAUCCCUCAAAUCAAUAUCGAGCAGGUGGUUGGUCCGUGCCUCAACAUCCUCCCUACCCGUGUCAUAAUUGACCCGUCCUCGAGCUUGAGUGAUCUUCUGGACACCGUGCAAGCUCAACAUACUGCUCAUAUGGCCCACGAAUCGAUGGGCACCCGUGACAUUAUCCGAAAGUCUAGCCCAUGGCAACCUUCCACUCGCAUGGCCACUAUCGUGCAGCAUCAAAACAUUGACCAAGAUGCAACGGUGAGUCUGAACAAUCAGAACUAUUCGGUUGGAGAUUUCUGUCCCGCAGCGGAUGAGGCGGACAUUGCGAUCAAGACCACCCCCCUUGACAACAACCAGAUUGAGGUUCUUCUCAUCACCUCGGCGAAAUCAGUUGGGGAGUCCGUGGCAGCGGCCCUUUUGGAUCGUCUUUGUAACACGAUUCAGGCUAUCUGUAACUCAACAGAUGCGCCAGUCGCAGUCUCCCAAUUGACUCAUUCAGAGGCCGUUCUUCCCUUGUCAAGUCCAGGGGUCUCCAACGAGGUGCAUGAUGACUCUGCCGUCAGUCGCGUCGACGGAAUUCCAUCUUUGGAGACUAGUAAAUUGUCUGCCAUUUAUGCCAGCUGGCGGGAGGUUCUUGCUCGGCCUGAAUUACCGCUGGACCUGGAAUCCGACUUCUUCGCCGUCGGUGGUGACCUUGUCUCGAUCGCGUUGUUGACCGCCUUCUGGCAGCGCCAGGGACAUCGGGUUGCUGUCGAGGAUCUCUGGGACAACUCGCAAGUCCGUGAAAUGCUGGAGUUCUUGGUCCAGUCGCAUCUCUAA